AAAGUGAGUGGCCACUGGGCGCCGUUAGUUCGUGAAUUAGCCGAAAUUCCUCGUGAAGGUCAUCGCAAAAACUUCGAUAUCUCCCUUAAAUUCAGAGAUAUUCGUCAAAAUUCAACUCAGGGUUGAUCACCGUAAAUCGUUUUACCGCUUUGCUGUCGAUAUACGCGCGGAGUGUGUGAACCUUUCUUUUUAUUCCAGAGACUGUAAACCUGAGCUUGCACUCGUUGCGUUAUCUACCAUUUCAUGAACCAAUGACGCAUCAGCAAUCAGCACAGUUCGUCUACGGUUGAGUCCUGUAGCGUGUUCCAACCACACCUGACAGUAUUACUACAGACUGAGCAUCACUGGGAUGUAUGUUUUAUUUUGAUCGCAUCAAAUAUCGGUUCAAUCGUGUAGAGUAGGGAGAUAUCCACAACCCAGCUGAGUGGAACCUAUACAAUUCUCAGCUGACAGCGAAAGUGCGUCGUAGUUUAUAAGUGCUUUCUUUGCGAAUUUUUAUUUGAAAGAGAUUUAACGAUAAUGAGCUUGACACCGAAAUCAUUCAAGGAAAAGAGAUCAUUUGCACAAAGAGUUGCAGACGUUGAAUUAAUACGUGAACGUCAUCCCAAUAAAAUUCCAAUCAUUGUUGAGAGAUAUUAUGGUGAACGACAAUUACCAUUGUUGGAUAAAUCCAAGUUUUUAGUACCUGAUCACCUGACUGUCGCGGAAUUGAUCAAAAUUAUAAGACGGAGACUACAACUUCACCCAACCCAAGCAUUCUUCGUGCUAGUUAACCAGAGGAGUAUGGCUAGUGGUAGUAUGACAAUGGCACAGUUGUAUCAACGUGAGAAGGAUGAGGACGGUUUUUUGUACAUGGUCUUUGCGAGUCAAGAAGUAUUUGGAUGUUAGCCUGUCAGUGAUUUUGAAUAAUGAUUCUUAAUAGAUAAUCAUGACAACAUUAUAUUACGUGAUACUAUGGUUAAAUGAAAUAAUAGUAGAAGUUAAGCAGUGAAACCGACGUGGAAUCUGAAUGAAGCAAGCAACUUGGGCAGCUCUGGAUCGAAUUUUUAAAAAAUUCAUAAAUUUGAGAAAGCUUUGGUAUUUGAAGGAAAUAAUGGUGCUUGCGACGUUUAAUGAUGGAAGUUAUGUGUAACACAUGAAAAUCGUAAUGACUGGAUAGAAAUACGGGAAGGAUAUCGAAAAUAAAUGAAUAAAAAUUCUCUCAUUGUUCAGCUACGGAUUGGAGAAGCAAAAGGAUGUUAAGAUAAUUUGAAAAUAGUUAUGAUUUCAUCGUUAGACAAAACAAUGUGAGGUAUGACGUUUUGUCUGUUUCUCAACCAAUUAAAAAUCAAUGCAAUGAACGGGGGGAAAUACACCAAUUACCUGAUGGCAAACGAAUCACAGAUUCCGAAAUUUAUAUGUGUUUAAAACAAUGUUUAACUACUGUACCAAUUGUUCAUACAAUCGUUCAAUCUCUAACUGAACUCCAGAAACUAAAAGAAACAAAAGGGGUAUUUUACAGUUUUCGUGAAGAAUAAUCAAUCAAUUGUCCGAUUAAUUUAUAAGGAGAAAUUUAUAACUAAUUGAUCGAAGGGAGAACUCUUUCGUGGAUAAUAUUGUAUGAAAUGUUUAUUUGCAUAAAUAUUGUGAAUGUUACUUUUUUCUUACGUAGUCAGUAAACAGGAUAGAAUGAUAACUUUAGAUUAAGUAUUUACGUGUUAAUUAGCACAUUGAUAAAGCUCUUGGGUGAUUGUUGAGCAUUUAUAUGAGCUCGAAUGAUGAUAUAAAAUUACACACAUUGAAAAAUUCUUUAUGAAUAUGCAAUAAGUCCGAAUAAACAUGUGUUUUUGAUUAUAAA